GCUAGGCACAGCCUGGGCCAAUGCGCCGCCUGAACUUUUUGCUCAUUGCUGCGACCGCUUGUUUGGCUGUGGAAGCCAAUCCGACAUGCCCACAACCUUGCGCAGGCUAUAAUUGUACAGCAGAACUCCUUCUGCAAGGUCAGUACAGCAAAUUCUCUUUUCCAGAUGGGAUUUUUGGAAGUAAACAAUGGGACAUCCGUGUGGUCACAAGAGACAGCCUCAUAACACAGAGACAGUUCAUGGUCCAGAUAUUUGAUUCGGAAAAUUUCUUGAAAUUUUCAAACAACGAAGCUAAUGUGGCAAGUUGCAACGAGUGGAGCGAGCUGAAUCAUUUUCAACUUUGCCUAUCAUUGCAGGGAAACAAGUGCAGGAGCAUCCAAUCCUCCUCGGGGUCUGAUAUGCCGUACACUACCGUUGUAGUUUCUUGUGGAGCUCAAAACCAGCUGAAUUGCAACCUUGAUAUCAGUGUCAAGGUAGUCCCGCAGGAAAACACAGGAUGCAAAGCAGGAAGCAUAUCCUGUGGGGCUCUCGGAGGAAUUCUGGCUGCCAUCAUCAUUGUGAUCUUGGUCGCAAUGGGAAGCUUGCUCUAUCGACGAAGAAAUUUUCGUUCUCGCGAAUUCGAAAUAAAUGCUGAGAAAACGUCAAGAGACGGAGCAAGGUCCCCGAUAUGAUGUCACAUCUUCAAGAUUUCACAAGGAUGACAUUCUGAUGGUGUUUGGGUGGUCCAUAACCCUUACAUUUCUUCAAUAUUUGACGAGACCUACAUACUUGUUUGGAUUGAACAUUCUUGAAUUCUC